CAUUUUUUUUCUCUUUCCCUCCUCCUUUCCUUAGCUGGUGACGCGCCGCUGCUAUUAAUCAUUCACCAGCCGGGAAACAGCAAUUGCCGCCACUCGGAACGAGCGGCGCCGGCAGCCGCCUCCCUGCCGAUGCCCGCGCCCCGCAACCGCCGCGCCGAGAGCCCUGCCGGGAUGAUGCCGAACCCGGCCGGCGGCGGGAGCCUGCUGCUCUGAGACGGGGCAGGGGGGUCCGGGCAAAGGAUGCUCCCCAAUGGCACCUGCCCCAGGCUUCCGGGCGGUGCAGGCAGCGACAGCGGCGGCAGCGACAGCGACAGCGGCGGCAGCGACAGCGGCGACAGCAGUGGCGGUGGAGACGGCGGCGCCUCGGAGGAGGCGGCGGCAGGGGGCAUGGACUCGGGCGGCAGGAACUCCUCUGGAGCCCCGAACAGCACCCUGAGUGAGUCUCAGGGCAGCGCCAUCCUCAUCUCAUUCAUCUACUCCGUAGUGUGCUUGGUGGGGCUGUGUGGCAACUCCAUGGUCAUCUAUGUGAUCCUACGUUAUGCCAAGAUGAAGACGGCCACCAACAUCUACAUCCUCAACUUGGCCAUCGCGGACGAGCUGCUGAUGCUCAGUGUCCCCUUUCUGGUUACCUCCACCCUGCUGCACCACUGGCCCUUUGGCUCACUACUCUGCCGCCUGGUGCUCAGUGUGGAUGCCAUCAACAUGUUCACCAGCAUCUACUGCCUGACCGUGCUCAGUGUGGACCGUUACAUUGCUGUGGUGCACCCCAUCAAGGCGGCUAGGUACCGCCGGCCCACUGUGGCUAAGAUGGUCAAUCUGGGUGUCUGGGUGCUUUCCAUCCUCAUCAUCCUCCCCAUCAUCAUCUUCUCCAACACAGCAGCCAACAGUGAUGGAACGGUGGCUUGCAACAUGCUCAUGCCAGAGCCCACCCAGAGGUGGCUGGUGGUCUUUGUGAUCUACACUUUCCUGAUGGGCUUCUUGCUGCCUGUAGUGGCCAUCUGCCUCUGCUACAUCCUCAUCAUUGCCAAGAUGCGUAUGGUGGCCCUGAAGGCUGGCUGGCAGCAACGCAAACGCUCAGAACGCAAGAUCACCCUCAUGGUCAUGAUGGUGGUAAUGGUCUUUGUCAUCUGUUGGAUGCCCUUCUACAUUGUGCAGCUGGUCAAUGUCUUUGUAGAGCAGGAUGAUGCCACCAUCAGCCAGCUCUCUGUCAUCUUGGGCUACGCCAACAGCUGUGCCAACCCUAUCCUCUAUGGUUUUCUCUCAGACAACUUCAAGCGGUCCUUCCAGCGGCUGCUCUGCCUCAGUUGGAUGGACAAUGCUGCAGAGGAACCCAUCGACUACUAUGCCACUGCCCUCAAGAGCAGGGCGUACAGCGUGGAGGACUUUCCCCCAGACAACUUGGAGUCAGGGAGCAUGUACAGGAAUGGCACUUGCACCUCCAGGAUUACCACCCUCUGAGGAAGCAUUCCUACCCCCAGCUCCCCUACUGCUCCCAGGUGGAGGGUUGCCCUUCCCCUUGGCUUGUUGGGACCCUCCAGGCCACUGAGUUGAGCCUGCCUCCAUCAAGCCCAGCAUCCAGGCUCAGACUCCCUCUGACUGAAAAUGACCCUGCUCAACAUCUGUCGGUACGUGCCUCCCCCAUCAGAGGUUAGAAAUGCUGGAAAAUGUCCCCCAACACACAUCUUGCCCUCCCCCAGGAAGGAGCAAGUAGCCUCUCUCUGCACCUACCCUUCUCUCCCCCUGGAAUAAAAUAGAAAGCAGGAAGGAAGAAUUUUCUCCCCCUAGAAAAUAAGCAACAUAGUCAUGGAGCUGUUUUCCACCUCACUGGGGCUAUACUCAGCAGAAGCCGAAGCAGAGCAGAAAAGGUCUUAGGAAAAAAAUCUGAUUAUUGCUGUGCUUCAGAGCUGCGCGGCAGGUUGCUGAUAGUGGGAGAUAAACAGUCCUGUGACUCACAGGGAGCAGAGCAGUGAGCCAGGAGUUGGGGGGGGGAAAUGCCAAACUGGAAAUGUUUGAAUGUGUCCAUACAUACAAUAAAGUGUGCUAAUAAUAAAGUUUAAAGAGAGCACUAGACUGUGAAACUGCUGUCUUGCACCUGCUCCAUCAGCUGCAAAACAGCAAUGAAGGGAGCUGAGACAGUAUUUGAGUCACCUCGGUGGCUGCAAAGUCACUUUAGCCUACAUGGAAAAAGAGGGAUCCAUUUCAAAAUCUCCAUCUGGAUCUGAAAUAAAUACCUGACAGAAAAAGUAGCUGUUUGGUAAUAGCUAUUACCCUAGCUCCAGUUUCUUCUGUUGCACUACAAAAUAUAAAAUGUGUUUCGUAUGUUGCCAAUGUAAUAUACUGAUCCACAGUUUCUCAAUGUUUCAUUUCUGAGAAUUCUUGUUUUUAGUGUGUGCUGGACGUCUUGUUUGAUUUUUUAUUUUAUUCUUGUCACUGUGUUGUGAACGUGUUUUUCUGAAGCAAUUUAUACUUUGUACUUAUGUCUAUGGUGGCUACUUGCAAGGUUGCAUUUAAAAUCCAUGAUGCUCGAGAAGGCUCCUUUUCAGAUAAAAACAUUGUCAUUUUUCCUAAUUCUUUCAUCUGCAUUGCCUCCCCUCAGAAAAUCCUCUCUUGAGUUUUCUCUCUUCCCCUCUUAUGACAGAACAAUUUUCAUAUAGACAAAUGAAGCUUUCUUUGAUAAAUGACAGCUGAUUAAACAAAACCUUCUGUCCCUGCUCCCUCUUAUCCCAGACAUAAGAAGCAGUACAGACUGUGUUGAAACAAGCAGCUAUGUUUUUUUGCUUUCCACCACCUAUGCUAACAGUGUCACACAGUGGCAAGUGUCCCAGUAGCUGUGACAAAUCACUUCUCUAGCACAAUACUGUGGUUGUAUUAAUUAUAACUACUGGCAAUCUGAUGCAAGAGAUUGGGAAAAAAUCUCUAGUAGCAGCAUACCCAUAGCAUUGUACAUGUAGCUACAGUGCUUAAGUACGGUGUUCAGGGUAAGGCUGACAGUUAAGGCAUCUAGGAUUUGUGGUGGUGGACUUACUACAGGGUUUUGUUAAAUUAUACCCUUUAACUUUUCUCAGCAGCAAAAAGCAGGAUACUACUUUUAGGUACUGUCUAAUGAAUGUAUAAAUUUAGUAUUUCAAAGUUGUCUGAUUCAAAGUCCAUAAAAAUGAGAGAAAAAAAUCCUAACUCACUUCAAUGGACUUGUGAGUCAGCUCCUUUGAGUUUAAAAACUGCUAAUGUGGAAACUGUUACAUCUUUAUUAAAAUAUUUCAUUAUAAGCUUUAAUAA